UUCCCUUGUAGCCACAAAUGGAACAUCGCUGUCCCUUUAAACCGAUUAAAGUGUCCAUAGCUCCUUAUGGCUCCGACUACAAGGAGCGGCUGAUAGCCAGCGUGAAGAAGGAGGUGAAGCAGCUGAUGGAGGAGGCGGUGACCAAGAAGUACGUCCACGAGGAGAGCAGCUCGGUGACCUCGUUGUGCGGCGCCGUGGAGGCCUGCCUCAGUCAGGGCCUCCGGCGGAGGGCGCUGGGACUGUUCAAGACCUCGUCGACGACGGCGCUGCUGCACAAGAUCGCCAAGAGCUGCCCGGAGGCGGAGCACAUCAGCAAGCUGGUGCAGGAGAUCGAGGCCAGCGAUCCCAGCAAGCGGUCCUCCAGCAGCAGCGACAGCUUCCAGCGGCCGCCGAUGCUCAAGAAGAGCAGCAGCAACUCGAUGUCCAGCGGCACCAAUGCGGCGGCCACCUCGUCCUCCGCCUCCGCCUCCGCUUCCGCUUCCAUUAGCGUCAGUGCCAGCACCUCCAGCAUGUCCCUGGCCAGCAUGAAGUAUCUGUGGAUUCGGUUGGCUCUCUACGAGAAGCGACUGACCAAGAUCAUUGAGUACCUGGUGAGCAAUGCCAGCAGCUUCUACGACCGGGACUCCCUGGUGUCCGAUCCGGACUACGGCUCCAUCCUGAGCUCCUUGCUGGUGGGUCCUUGCGCCCUGGAAUUCACGCGGGCCAAAACAGCCGAUCACUAUUGGACCGAUCCGCACGCAGACGAACUGGUGCAACGUCACCGGAUCAGCUCGUGUCGCCGCUCCUCGUCGACGUGUUCGCGUCCGGCGAUCAUCAACUUCAAGCGGAGCCUGAACACGAGCUCCGACGAGGCGGGCACUGGAUCCUUCAAGUCGAUCGCCUCGGCGAGUGUGGCCAAGGACUACGUGGAGUCGCUGCAUCAGAACGCGAAGGCCACGCUGCUCUACGGCAAGAACAAUGUGCAGGUGCUGCCCAAGGAUGUGGCCGAGCCCAUGCCGGGAUACCUCAGCCUGCACCAGCACAUCCAGACGCUGACCAUCAAGUGGACGCCCAACCAGCUGAUGAACGGCUACACCGAGGCGGAGGAGGCGGACGACAUCGACAAGGACACCUUCUGGGCCUACGCCCUCAACAUUAACGUGGACGAGAUCGUCUACGUCCACUGUCACCAGAGUCGCGGCGAGGACAGCGGCGGCACCGUCAUCCUUGUGGGCCAGGACGGCGUCCAACGGCCGCCCAUCCACUUCCCCGAGGGCGGGCACAUGCAGCAGUUUCUCAGCUGCCUGGAGACAGGUCUCCUGCCGCACGGCCAGCUGGAUCCCCCACUGUGGUCGCAGCGGGGCAUCGGCAAGAUGUUCCUGUGGCCCAGGAGCAUGCGACGCCGCAUCCUGCCCUCGGUCAUGGAGUCCGUGGACGAGACGCCCAUCGACUACGUCUUCCGCAUCGUCAGCAAGAGCCGCCACGAGGAGUUCGCUGCCACCCACUCCAUCCUGGACUUUGUGCGCAGCACUCCGCGGCGGGCGCAGCUGAGCAGCUGUUCCACCACCGGCAGCAGCGACUGCUCCAACAAGAGCCUCUCCAUCGACCAGUUCCCGCUGGAGUCGCCGCUGCUCCUCCAGCAGCAGCAGCAGCAGCAACAGCUGCUCCAGGCGCAGAGCACCAGCAUUGAGAUGGUCUGCUCCACGAUGCGCCGCCAGAUCAUCUCCAGGGCCUUCUACGGCUGGCUGGCCUACUGUCGCCACCUCUCCACGGUCCGCACCCACUUGUCCGGUCUGGUGCACGGCAGGAUUACGCCGGAGAUGAAAGCCGAUGAGGAGGGCCUGACGAAGGAGCGCUGGCAGCUGCUGAAUGUGGACGGCGUGCUGGAGAAUGCGAACGAGUUCUUUCGCCUGGUCUACUUCGGUGGCGUCCAGCCGGAGCUGCGGCAGGAGGUGUGGCCGUACCUGUUGGGCCACUACGCCUUCGGCUCCACGACGGAGGAUCGCAAGAAGCAGGACGAGACCUGCAAGCACUACUACGAGACCACGAUGAGCGAGUGGCUGGCGGUGGACGCCAUUGUGCAGCAGAGAGAGAAGGAGAAGACAGCGCGGGCGGUGGCCAAGCUGAGUUCCGGCAGCAACUCUGGCAACGAGAGGACCGUGCGGGCAGCCGACCUCGAAGCCGGUGGCGAACUGGAGAACGAGGUGUUCGAGGACAUCUCGGACAUUUCCGAUCCCGGGGAUCUGGAGUUCGAUGAGCAACAGCAGCAGCAGCAUCAGCAGCAGGCGGAGUGUGCGGUGAGUGGCAAUCACCUGAGCGUGAAGCCCAUUCCGAGGGCCAUGAAGACCAGCACGGAUUCGGGGCACGUGGACGAGGGCGAGAGCUUCAAUGAACUGGACGAACCGGAUGAGGGGGACAACAAUGCAAAGCAGCAGCAGGAUCCAAAGAAUCCGGAGUCUGAGGACCAGGUGGAGUACCGGAAGCUGGAGGACCAGCUCAAUCCGGAGCCCAGCUGCUCCGCAUCCACAGCCUCCUCGUACGAGACAGUGGGACCCGGCGAUGUGCAUCAACGCCCGACCAGCGACACGCGCAGUGUCCUCAGUCCGGAGUACUUGAGUGCCGACGACCUCCAGCUGCCGGACGAUGAAGAUGCAGUGAAGCCACAACCGCCGGCUGCCGCCGCUGUCAUCAUCACAAAGGCCUCCGUGGACAUCAGCAACUGGGAGCGCAGUCCGAAGACGGCAGAGGGCGACCAGAUGUCACCCCUUGAGGAGCAGGCUGCAGAAUCCGGCGGAGCAGGCGUCAAUAUGGAUGCGCUUCAGCAGCCCAAGUCCGCUUGCGCUUCACCAGCCAGCUCCAAUGGAGGUGUCUACAGUAGCGAACUCCUGGAGCAGUUCGGGCUGAAUCUGCACCGGAUCGAGAAGGACGUGCAGCGGUGCGACAGGAACUACUGGUACUUCGCCAACGAGAACCUGGACAAGCUGCGCAACGUGAUCUCCACGUACGUGUGGGAGCACCUGGACGUGGGCUACAUGCAGGGCAUGUGCGACCUGGUCGCUCCCCUCCUGGUCAUCUUCGACGACGAGUCGCUCAGCUACAGCUGCUUCUGCAAGCUCAUGGAGCGCAUGAUCGAGAACUUUCCCAGCGGCGGAGCCAUGGACAUGCACUUUGCCAACAUGAGGUCCCUCAUCCAGAUCCUCGACUCGGAGAUGUACGACCUGAUGGACUCGAACGGCGACUACACGCACUUCUACUUCUGCUACAGGUGGUUCCUGCUCGACUUCAAGAGGGAGCUCGUCUACGACGACGUCUUCGCCACCUGGGAGGUCAUCUGGGCGGCCAAGCACAUCGCCUCCGGCCACUUCGUCCUCUUCCUGGCCCUGGCCCUGCUGGAGACCUAUCGCGACAUCAUCCUCUCGAACAGCAUGGACUUCACCGACGUCAUCAAGUUCUUCAAUGAAAUGGCCGAACGCCACAAUGCCCAGUCGGUGCUCCAAUUGGCCCGGAGUUUGGUUCUCCAGCUGCAGAUGAUCAUCGAGAACAAGUAGAGGAGAACAAUAGAGGAUGGGCAGAAUCCAGCUAUAAAGUUAUAUAGAGCGUUAUUCUAGA